CUAACACAACACUCCAGAGCUCAAACACUGAAAAGAGACAAUGAGAGACUGAGAAGAGAAAGUUUAAGAAUGAAUUUCUUCAAGUCAUCUACAUCACAAAAUACAGCAAGACAGUGCUUCUCCUCCCAAGUGUUUUUCUGGGCUGUUGCUGGGGUCUCCAUCCUACUGCUCAGUGCCUGUUUUAUCACUAAAUGUGUUGUAUAUUCAUCUGUCAAACCUGGGAACACUAUGAGGAAUGAACUUCUUCUUCUUUUGAUAACAUAUCGCAUCUUUCAGUCAUGUGAUGAGCAAAAGUUCCCGCCACAAGAGGACUUGAUGGAGUUUUCCUGCUUCAAAAAUGGAUCAGGACCUUCAUUUCUCCCAGAUUCAGUCGAGCAUUGCUGUCCAUGGAAAUGGGUACAUUUUCAAUCCACCUGCUAUUUCUUUUCUACUAACACCUUGACCUGGGCAUUAAGUGCAAAAAACUGUUCAGACAUGGGCGCUCAGCUGGUGGUUAUCAACAGUGUGGAAGAGCAAGAGUUUCUUUACCACACAAAACCUCCAGAGAGAGAGUUUUAUAUUGGAUUGACAGACAGGGUUGUUGAAGAUCAGUGGAAAUGGGUAGAUGGUACACCUUUCACCAAGUCUCUAAGCUUCUGGGAUGCAGGGGAACCCAACAACCUGGCAACUGUCGAGGACUGUGUCACCAUAAGAGACUCCUCAAAUCCAAGGGAAAAUUGGAAUGAUGUACCCUGUUUCUUCAACAUGUUUCGAAUUUGUGAAAUGCCAGAAACAAAAUUUUUGAACAUAAAACUCACUAAGAACAAACGGAAAAAUUUAAAGAAGUAAAUUGAGGAGGAUCAAUAAUUGGAACCCAGAGACCAUCCCCACAGGAGAAAAGAGCGCGUGGGACUUCGUGGGGUCUUCAAAAGUGUCUGACUUUCAUAUAAGGAAAUAAAACUCAGUAGCUUUGACUGUUACCAUGCAUGAUACUCAAUGAAGGGUUCUUUCUGUUCAUCUCGGGACUUCUUAGCUCUCUUCAUUUAUUGCAUAAUACCCUGUCAAUAUGGAUAACGCUAUUUAAGACCUGUAAGGCAUGUGGCACACUUAGAACCAGGUCCGACCAAUGUAAAAGUCAUCCAGAACUUAGCAUGCACACUGAACAUGAACUCUCGUUGAGGUCUGAUAAGAGUUAUGACAUACACACCUGAGU